GAACUGUAGAAACUUCGCAGUUUUGCUCAAGUCAGCUUAUUAACGCUAUAAGAAUCGAAGAAUUAAUCAAUCCAAUCGUGCAUAAGUGUCAAAGUUUUGAAGUGUAGUAUCAAUCCCGGAGAAGAAGAAAGAAAUUUUUAAUUUUUUUAACAAACGUCGAGUAAGAGUGACUUCAGUGUGUCAAAGAUGCCCGCAAUCGGAAUUGACCUUGGUACGACGUAUUCCUGCGUCGGAGUUUGGCAGCAAGGAAAAGUCGAAAUAAUCGCAAAUGACCAAGGAAACCGAACAACACCCAGCUAUGUGGCAUUUACGGAUACCGAGCGGCUGAUCGGCGACGCUGCCAAAAAUCAGGUGGCCCUAAACCCGGCGAACACUGUGUUCGACGCGAAGCGCUUGAUCGGCCGGCGUUUCGAUGAUCCAAAGAUCCAGAAUGACAUCAAGCAUUGGCCUUUCCGCGUUGUUGGAGAGGCAGGAAAACCCAAGAUCGAGGUGGAGUUUUGUGGCGAGAAAAAACGAUUCAACCCAGAAGAAAUCAGUUCAAUGGUUCUGACUAAAAUGAAGGAGACAGCCGAGGCUUUCCUCGGACAAAAGAUCAAAGACGCAGUUAUUACUGUCCCAGCCUACUUCAACGACUCUCAGAGGCAGGCAACCAAAGAUGCGGGAACCAUAGCCGGCAUCAACGUCUUGAGAAUUAUCAACGAGCCUACAGCUGCCGCCCUAGCUUAUGGACUAGACAAGAACCUACAGGGAGAACGAAACGUUCUGAUUUUUGAUCUGGGUGGUGGAACCUUUGAUGUGUCGAUCCUGUCAAUUGAUCAAGGUUCGCUAUUCGAGGUAAAGUCAACUGCAGGAGAUACUCAUUUGGGUGGGGAAGACUUUGACUCGCGCCUCGUCGAGCAUUUUGCAAAAGAAUUUGAGAGGAAAUACAAGAAGAAUCUCAGGAAUAACCAACGUGCUAUUCGCCGUUUGCGUACUGCAGCUGAACGAGCAAAACGUACUCUUUCCUCUAGUACCGAGGCAACCCUCGAAAUCGACGCUCUCUUUGAUGGCAUUGAUUUCUAUACUAGAAUUUCAAGGGCACGCUUUGAGGAACUUUGUGCAGAUCUGUUCAGAGCGACAUUAGAGCCAGUUGAAAAAGCUCUUCUUGAUGCAAAGAUGAGCAAAAGCUCAAUCCAAGAUAUCGUUCUAGUUGGUGGUUCAACACGUAUACCCAAGAUCCAGAGCCUACUGCAGAACUUCUUCAAUGGCAAGCAGCUCAAUCUCUCCAUCAAUCCAGACGAAGCAGUAGCUUACGGCGCUGCUGUACAGGCAGCUAUUCUCAGUGGAGAAGAAAGCAAGACGUCCAGCCUUCAAGAUGUCCUCCUGGUUGACGUCGCCCCUCUUUCUCUGGGGAUUGAGACUGCUGGCGGGGUUAUGACCAACAUCAUAGAACGUAAUGCUCGAAUCCCCUGUAAGAAGACCCAGAUCUUUACCACGUACGCUGACAAUCAACCUGGAGUAACGAUUCAAGUUUUUGAGGGUGAACGUGCUAUGACAAAGGACAACAAUCUGCUUGGUAAAUUCGAGCUAAGUGGAAUUGCACCAGCUCCUCGCGGAGUUCCGCAGAUCGAGGUGACUUUUGAUAUGGACGCUAAUGGAAUUCUGCGAGUCACUGCUAAGGAUACAGCCAGCGGACGUAGCAGUGACAUCCGUAUCACCAACGACAAAGGCCGGCUGUCCCGUGAAGAAAUUGAUCGAAUGCUAUCGGAAGCUGAACGCUACCGUGAACAGGAUAGUCAGCAGCGUGAGAGGGUUGCUACAAGGAAUCAGCUUGAGAGCUACAUCUUUUCUGUCAAACAAGCUGUACAAGAGCAAGGCUCAAAGUUGCCUCAGCAAGACAAAGAUAUGGUCAUCAAUCUUUGCGAAGAAACUAUCCGCUGGCUCGACAGUAAUACCUUGGCUGACAAAGAGGAAUAUCAACAUAAGCUGGAGACGGUGCAGAGGCAGUGCCAGCCCAUCAUGACCAAACUUCAUCAGGGAGGUGGAGGACAAGGAUCCGGAAGUCAGACUGGCAAUGGAUACUCAGGGCCCACUGUGGAGGAAGUUGACUAAAUUAAAGUCGACCAAAAGUAUUUUAUAUACAAUAUUAAUGUGUAUUGAAGCCUCAUUAUUAGUGUUGUUUCUUAGGCUUUCUGCAUUGUUAAAGUUUUUAUUUUGUUCACUAACAUAAAAAAUAAGUGUUGUUAUCUGCCUAGAAUGCAGGUUUAAGUUUUCCUAACAUAUAUGUAUUGGAACUGAAAAAAAUGUAUGUUAUAAUGUAAGAAAUACACAUAACUUCUGAUACUUUUGUAGUACUUUUUGAUGUAGGUAUUUUGUUUUUUAUAAACGAAGAUUUGUUAAGUUUUCAAUGGAAAAAUAAAUUUUACUUUACCAGGAUGACUUACAUUAUAAACGUAAAAUGUAUUCACUUGAUUUAAUAAAAAGUUAAAAAUUCACGUACAAUAAUAUCGUUAAUAUGAUACAACAUUAUGUUACAAAGUAAUUUUCACAUUACAAUUUGCUUUGUUAAUUUCAUGUAAUCAUAAAUUUGCUACAUAUUGAAAUAUUAACAAAUAAAUAAAACUGCUGCCAGGUGCACUGAAAUCCACCGU